GCGAGGGACAAAUGCCGAGCCGAGACCAUUCUGCCAACAUAUACUAUACACUCCUCGUACUCCAUCAUCCGCCUCACCCCGACAUAUGCCAUCUGGUGAUGCGGAGCUGGGUGAGGGUGGAACCUUUUAGCGCCCUUGAUGGAGACGAGAUCACUAGCUUGGUCCGGAUCAGUGGGUCUGAGGCAAAAAAGUAGCGGCGGGGGGAGGCGGCAGCUCCACGCUCAAGUGGAGGGUGCGGGGGGGAGCGGCAACCCCGGUCUGCUCGGGAUUGUAUUAUUCGGGCCCCUCAGGGGGGUUGUCCCCACGUGUUGGGGGCCAGGGUCGUCCUAUGUUGGGGAAAACACAGAUGACAUAUCAAGGGAGAAUCUGCCCAAGCUUCCCUCGUCUCUGUCAAUUAUAACCCGACUUUGUUACUGUAUUGAUCCUUUACACUUUUCCUAGAGUCCAGUCGAAUCAGUCUCACAUCUUCAAACGCAACCAUGGGCUCCGUAUCAGCUGGGCUCACCGAGCACGAUGUCACCAUCACCGCCUUCGAGGUCAUAGACCUGCGGUUUCCCACCAGUUUGGAUGGAGUCGGCUCUGACGCCAUGCACGUGGGCACCAACGGCUCCCACCCUUACAUCCAGCUUAAGACGAACCACGGAGAGCUGAUCGGCGAGGGUAUUGCCUUCAGCAACGGACGAGGCAGCGAGCUGAUCUGCCUGGCGCUCGACAUCUUCGCGCGCCGCGUCGUCGGCAAGACGAUGCACGAGCUGACCCGCAACAUGGGCAAGACCUGGCGGUACAUGGUGUCCGACUCGCAAUACCGAUGGAUCGGCCCCGAGAAGAGCGUCACCCACCUGGCCGUCGCCGGCGUGCUGAACGCCGUCUGGGAUCUGUGGGGCAAGAUCCUGGGCAAGCCCGUGUGGCAGAUCGUCUGCGACAUGACUCCCGAGGAGGUCGUGAGGUGUAUCGACUUCCGGUAUAUCACCGAUGUCAUCACCCCCGAGGAGGGUAUCGAGAUGCUCCAGAAGACGCAGAAGGGCAAGGAGGACCGUCUGGCCGAGGCUCUUGAGAACAGAGCCGUGCCGGCCUAUACCACAUCUCCCGGAUGGCUGGCCUUCUCCGGCGACCGCAUGAAGGAGGUGUUGGAGGAGACCAUCGCCGAGGGCUACACCGUCUUCAAGUUCAAGGUCGGCACCAGCAUUGAGGCCGACCGGGAGAGGCUGUCCGCCGUCAGGGCGGUUCUCGGAUACGACAAGGGCCAUCAGAUUAUGAUCGAUGCGAACCAGGUGUGGAGUGUCCCCCAGGCCAUCGAAUACAUGAAACACCUCGUCGAGUUCAAGCCCGUCUUCAUUGAGGAGCCCACCAACCCCGAUGAUGUCCUCGGCCAUGCCGCAAUCCGCAAAGCACUCAAGCCGUACGGCGUGGGCGUGGCCACGGGCGAGGCCGCACAGAACCGCGUGACGUUCAAGCAGUUGCUCCAAGCCGAAGCUACAGAUGUCUGCCAGAUUGAUGCUGUUCGGCUGGGCAGCGUCAACGAGUGCCUGGCGGUCAUGCUCAUGGCGCUCAAGUUCGACGUUCCCUGCGUGCCGCACAACGGUGCUAUGGGCCUCACCGAGCUGACCUCCCAUCUGAGCACCAUCGACUACAUUGCCGUCAGCGGGCGGAAGUCGAUGCUCGAGAAUGCCGACAGCCAUCGCGAGAACCUGCGUCAUCCUUCCAAGAUCGAAAAUGCCCACUACGUCACCCCGCUUGCCCCUGGUUAUUCCACUGGCUAUACCGACGAAGCAUUGGAGAAGUACACUUACCCGAAUGGAAGUUUCUGGAGCAGCGAGAUCGGGCUGCAAAUUAUCGCGCAGCCCACCGGAGGAGAGUUGUAG